AUGCAUGGAGAGCACUGGUUGGGUCUGAAGAAGGUAUAUAUGGUAAACCAGAAAGAUACUCGGUUCCAACUCCACAUUGCUCUGGUCUCCCAUGACGACAUCACUCUACACCUGGGCAGAUAUGCAGGUGAUGCCUUUCGCGGCUACGAGCAGGAGCAGAACCAGAAAACAGCUCCGUUCAGCACCUCAGAUGUGGACAACGACGGCUGCAAUCCUUUCUGCUCCAUCAGGAAUUGCACGGUAGAGAGCUGCAGCACUCAGCACAACCACACGGGAUGGUGGUUAAACCAGUGUGGCCUUGCAAACCUCAACGGCACUCCUGAAGAUGCGGAGCAAAACCAGGAAAAGAGGAUGCACAUCUUGUGGGACACCUGGAGACAGAACGGGAUCCCUUACACCAUUAAAUCUGUCACAAUGAAGAUCAGGUGGAUUGCAACCAAUAAUUGA